AUGAAUUUAAAAGAAAACAAUAAAGUUUUACGUUUAUUAAUUCGAACGGUAGGAAGAUUGUCAAAUUUUUUUGAUAAAAAUGAAACAUGGAAAUGUUUUUUAUCAAGUAUUUAUAGAUAUGAAAAUGAAAAAUGUGAAAGAUAUAAUGAGUUUUUAAAAUAUUAUUUAAAUAAUAAUAUCCACUACUGUCCCAUUAAAUCAAAUAAAAAAAAGUUGAAAAGUGAAUUAAUUUAUUUUUUGAGAAACAAUAUAAAUAAUGAUGUUUUUAAUAUUGGUUUCACAGCUAUUCGGCAUUUAAGUAGAAUAAAAAAAUCUAUAUUAACAAUAUCAAAUGAAAAUAACGAUUUAGAACUUAAAAAUACAAAAUUAUUGCAAGAUCGUAAAAUAUGGAAUUCUGAAGAAGAAAAAAUUUUUUUUAAAAAUAAUAUUCGCAUGAUAAAUUUUAAUACAUUUAAUGAAAGGGGGAAAGAAAAAGAGAAUGAACAAGAUAUAGAAAAUGAAAAGGAAAAUGAAAAUAAAAAGAAGCUUUCUGUGUUAAAAAAAAAUAUAAAUAGAAAAACUAACAAAAAUAAUUCUGAAAAUAUAGAAGAAUUUAAUUCAGACAAAUUAAAAUAUGACGAAAAUAAUGACAGUAUAACUAAUAAAGAUGCCUUAGAAAAUGAUAUUAAUAAUACAAAGAAAAAUUUUUCAAAAAAUAAUAUAAGUAAUUCUGAAUAUAAUUAUAAUAAUCAGAUGAAAAACAAUAAAAAUAAUGUUUUAAAAAGAAUAAAUUAUAAAAAUGAAAUUAAAAAAGGAACCAUAUUGAUUGCUCAUCCAUUAACAUCUAGUACAUUAUGGAAUAAAUCUGUUAUUUUAAUUACGCAAAAGGAAAAAAAUAAUUUAGUAUGUGGUUUAAUUUUAAAUAAACAUCCAUUAUAUAAUAAUUACAUGGGAAUUUCUAAUGAUAGAGAAAUUAUUAAAAUAUUAAAUAAGUUGUAUUUUAAAAAUAGAAAGUUUAUUAAUGAAAUAUCUGAAAAUUAUAUGUCAAAUGAGAAGAAAGAUAAUAUUAAAGCGUUUAAAGAAUUAGAUAGAAAGCAAGAAGAAUAUAUAGAUGAUAAAGAAAUUACAGAAACAAAAAAAACUUUUGAAGAAAACAAUACAUUACAUAAUUUAAAAACAGAUAAAAUGAAUAUAAUUGACAUUGAAAAAAUUGAUGAUAAUAAUGAUAUAGAAAAUGUAAAAAAUGUAAAAAGCAUCGUUAAAAAUACUGAUGAUGAAAAAAAUACUAAUACUACCAAAAUACCUAUUAGCUUAAAAAAUAAUGAAAAAAGAGAAACAUACUUAGAAAAAAAAUUUGAAUUAGAAAAUAAAAAAAACCUGAAAUCAGAUGAUCAAAAUAUUAGUCAAGAUGAUUUUCCAACAUUAAAAGAUUUACAAGAAAUGUUUUUAAGAAUACAAUUUCGUAGCUCUUCUAAACAUUAUAUGAAUAAGAAAAUCAAAAAGAAAAAUAACUUUUUUAUAAUGAUGGAUGAACAUCUUUUAGAUAUAAUUACUCAUUAUAUAAUAAAAUUAAAUAAGGUUCCUCUUUAUCUACGUUUUUUACCUUCAUAUAAUAUUGGUUCAAUGACAGAUAUAAAGAGUGAAAUUAAAAAGCUACAGUUUUUAAAUGAGUUUUACAAAAUAUACUUUGAAAAAUAUAACAAAUGGAAAGUUGUAAUAAUAAAUAAUCGUAUACAUAUUUUUGAUAAAGAAAAAAAUAAAACCAAAUUAGACAAAAUUCCGAAGAAAGCAGAAUUAGUGGAUAGCAAUUCUAAUGAAGAAAAGAAAUUAAGCGAAGAAGAAAAAGAAUUAAUUCACAGAAAAAUUCAAAAAUUUAAAGAAACCAAUAAAAUGGAUGAUGAGGAAAAUACUUAUGAAAAAGAAAACAAAGGCAUAUCAGGAGAAAGUGAAGAUACAAUUAUCAAAGAGGAAUUAGACGAUGAUAAUGAAGAGAAUUGUUAUGAUGAUGAUGAUGAUGAAAGUUAUGAAGAUGAAGAUGAAAAUUGCAAAAAUGAAGAAGACGAAGAAACUUUCGAAAAUGAAGAGGACGAAGAUAGUUCAGAAAAUUUUGAAGAAUAUACAUCAAAAAAAAAAGGAAAUACACAAGAUGAGAUAGAAAAUUUAGAAAUGUUAAAAAAAAAAUCAAAAAAAAAUAAAUCAUCAUAUCUAAGUAAAAUAGAUAUAAAUUCUAUAAACAAAAAUUAUUUUAUGAAAAAUCCAGUUUAUUUAUUCUGGUUAGGAGGCCCAUUACCAGGAUUAACAAUUUUACACAAUAUGAAAAAAUUUUCAAAAAAUAUUGUAAUAAAUGAUUUAAUAUAUGAAGGUUAUAAUGAAAAUGUUAAUAUGAAUAAUAUUGAUCAACAUGAUUGUGAUGUAAUGUAUCAAAAAAAUAAUUUAUUAAAGGAUUCUUAUGAUGAAGAAAAAAGUAAAAUCCAUUCAUCGAAAGAAAGUAAAUCAAAUAUCUUAAAAAGUGAUCUUAAUCAAGAUAAGAAUAAUAUGAAUGAAGAUAAUAAUUUAAAUAAUCUAAAGAAUAUGAGUUGCUUAAAUAAUGUAAAUGAUAAUAACGAUCCAGAAAAAAAAUUGAUAAAAAGAUUUAUUGGGAAAGCUACUUGGGAUUUAAACCAAUUAAUAGAAGAAUUAAAUAAUGAUUACUGGAUAGCUAUAAAUUGUGACAAUAAAGAAUUAUUAUCAAAAAUUAUUUUUUAUUCAAGUGAUUCCGACAAUAAUAAUAAUAAUAGUAAUAAUAAUACUUUAUCUAAUGUUUAUAAUUCAUAUAAAGGAGAACAUUUAUGGGAAAAAAUAUUGGCAUCCUUAAAUAAUGAUUAUGAAGAAAUUUCAAAAAUUCCACAAAAAGUUAUAGAUAAUUUUUUAAAAGAUUUCAAAAGUAUGGAAAAUGAAUAA